AUGCCGUCCCUCAGCCUGACCUCAGCAGAUCCUCCUCAGUUCCUGAAGAGUUGUCUGAUGAAGAUCCUCCGACUGUAACUCCCACCCCGGUGCACGGCAGCCCUCAGAGAUCCCAUCACGAGCCGGAGGUGAAAGUGAGCUCAACGUUUGAUGAUCAACCGUCUGAGCGUCUCCUCGUCUCCAAAGAGAAGCUUUCUGCAUCUGUGACCCUAGAGGAAGACAAAGAGUUAGAGACGAGGGAAGCGUCUGAAGCUGAGAAAUCGAACGUCAUCUCCUCUAAUAAUAAUUCAGCUGCAGAGGAACUCAAUCUAAACGAUAGAUCCAGUGACUCCUUCUCCAUUAAAGACGUGGAAGGCUCGUCUCCCAGAGCAGACGCUUAUCACGAUGACUUUGAGUCUUCAGUGGAUUCUUCUCCUAGGGGUGAUCAUCACCACUCCAAACCUGCUUCUCAGAUCUCCAGAAAGGACGAGGAGGAAGUGGAGGAGGAAGUAUCCGAAGAUCUGAGUCACCGUUCGGGGACGAGUGGAGCGAGCCGUCAUUCUGCGAGACUGCUGGACUUUCAGAGCAACGCAGAAGAAUCCAAACUUCUAAACUCCGCCCACUCGCCUCCCUCCCCCGUUAGAGAUGAAAUGCUUAGCUUUAACAUCGGGGAUCGAGUUCUGGUCGGCGGCGUUCAGCCGGGAACGCUGAGGUUCAAAGGGCCAACCAGCUUUGCUAACGGUUAUUGGGCCGGCGUGGAGUUAGAUAAAUCCGAAGGGAGCAACAACGGCACCUACGACGACGUGGUUUACUUCGAAUGCGACAAAAGCCACGGCAUCUUCGCUCCUCCGGACAAAAUCUCACACCUGCCGGACAAGUUUGAGAUCUACGCCGACACCACGGAGGACGAGGACUCCUUCUGUGACCCUCUGUCGGAGAAAGGAGAUAAAGAAACAAAUAAGGGGGGGCAGGAAUCGGAAAAGGGGGAUGAAAAUGAACCGACAUCUAAUGAUUUCAAUAACUCCGGAGAUAAAAGAGUUACGGACGUGUCGAACAAUAAUGUCAAAGAGUCCAAGCAUCCCAUUCCUAACGGCACGGUCAUUAUGCUGCAUUUUGAAGAUGCACCCACCACCCUCCUCAUCUCUGAUAUCGACCUGGGGAAGCAGAACCAGAAGAAGAUCGCCCCCCGUGUGGAGAGAGAGGAGAUCGCCCCCCGUGUGGAGAGAGAGGAGAUCGACUCACGUGUGGAGAGAGAGGAGAUCGCCCCCCGUGUGGAGAGAGAGGAGAUCGACUCACGUGUGGAGAGAAAGGAGAUCGCCCCCCUGUGGAGAGAAAGGAGAUCGCCCCCCGUGUGGAGAGAGAGGAGAUCGCCCCCCGUGUUGAGAGAGAGGAGAUCGCCCCCCGCGUGGAAAGAGAGGAGAUCGCCCCCCGUGAGGUGAAAGUGUCUGAGGAGGGGAAACAGAAAGCGUUACUGGACUCGGUCGCAGACCAGCUCCUCAACAACUUCAUGACGGACACGGUGGCGCAGUUUGCUGAAAUGAAAAGGGCUAAAGAGCAAAAGAUAGACGCCGCCAAUCAGAUGAACGGAGAGGAAGGUGUUGAUGAUGAUGAUGAUGAAGAGGAGGAGUGGUUCCCAUCCGUUCAACAGAAGGACGGCCUGCCCUUCUUCCUGCCUUCAGAGAAAGAGGAGAUGACGUCUCCAGAGCUGUGUAACCAACCU